UGCUACACGUGGGGAAAGGAGAAAGAGCGGGGGCGCAUGUCCUCCAGCUAACAUUAACAUCAAUUAACUCGUUAAUUGUCAUAUAAAUAUCGGUGAACCGGUUUUAUUAUUCACACAAAGAGAAGAAGCGAACGCUCACUAACCCAUCAUACCUUUCUGUGGAUUAUUCAUUUUUUUUACAGUUCUUAGCUUUGUAGCUUUGCAAUGCCUUGUAUUUUCUUAAUUCUUUUUUUCGUUUUAUCGGCCGUCGUUACAGGCUCGUUCCCAAAACUGGAAACCGAUUGUAAUUCCACGUUGCAGACAGAUGCAACAAUUUCGGCGGCGUCAAGUCCCCCACAAGGGUUGGUGUUCCGCAAUACCGCUCUAACCAAGACCGAAUGUGACGUGUACCGGUUGCUCUUCUAUCGUGAGGGGCCUUGUAAUCCUGUCGAAGAUAACCGCAGUUGUGAUAGAACCGAACCCGAUCCGACGGAAAAUCCUAUAAUGCGGACAUACCUUAAGUUACGAUGCAGAAAACAGUAUUCACAGUCAGAAAUAUCUGUGACUACACAGCUGGUGUCCCAAAUGGUCAACAAUCGGGCGGUAACGCUUUCCAUAUAUGAGAAAAACAAUACCACUGACCCAGUACAUCUGGAGGUUAUCGAACCAAUUCGUAAUAAUUUAAUUGCUUUAGAGAUUCGCGGAUGUGCUACCACAAAAGUUACCGGAAAGUUGUACGAUGUUGGUUUGCUUGCCAAUCUGCUGACGCUAGAAAUAUACGACGGUGAAAAUUUGCAAAUGCACAAGAGGGAUUUUGGAAGGAUGCCGCAGGUGCAGAUGAUUUCUUUCACGCGCUCCAGCAUCGGCACUCUGGAGACGGGGACCUUUAUGGAUUUACUGAAUCUAGAGAGUUUGGUACUGGAAGACGAAAUCGCGUACGAAUUGCGACGGUAUGAACUGUACCCAGACGAUGGUGACCUGUUCGCGGAUUUUAAUCCAGCAGAUGUUGAACGAGUGCGGAGGCUACACUGCGAUUGUUCCUUUGCCUGGUUCCGAAAUUUCCUGAAAGGAAAGCCCCAUCUCACGGCGGUGAAAAGGGAAGGGGAGGUAUUUGUUGUGGGCAACUAUGUAUCGCCGACCAGGCUCACCAGCGUCACGUAUCGGCCAUCGGUUCUCAGUGUAGAUUGCUCGCGACCGUUAACGUUCAACAACACGGCUGUUGGUACGGAGUUCUCUUACAACACAACCUGCUAUAACCUCAAAUGCUAAUCCGGUGAACGCAAAACAAUAAAUCGCCUGGACCGACCGGUCAAGUGAUCGCCUUUCCAGACGUUGAUUUUACCCAGAUGAUUGUCGUAUUGUGGAGAUUCUGAACAGUUAAUACCCGCAAAUUGUAAUACUGCUUCAUAAGAAGCCGUAUUACCAAUUACAAUUUUUUAAUGGUCUAAAAGUCUGUCCUAGUUCAACUGUAUCACUACUUUUCGCUCUUGUUUUAGUGAAAUAUCAUAUUGCAGCAAAACGAACGUAAAU